AAAUUUUUCAAAGGAGGGCGCGGCUGCUCAAAAAGUUCAAGAACCACCGAUUUAGAUCAAUUAAAAGUGAAAUCCAGAUGAACAACGUAAGAAAAUCAAAGUGCCUGAAGUCGCAAGAGCGUGGAUAAUGUGGGACACUUUUUUUAGUCAGCGGAACUGCGGAAGGCGCGAAAUACGAAUGUUCGCCCUACCCCUACCUAAGUUUUUUAUAUUCAUUUAUCCAGUUGCUCGUUUCUGCCUAUUGUUUUAAUCUUUAAUACAGUAAUAGCGCUUCACAAUCCAUUCUUCUUGUCAAGUUGUUGUUUUAAUUCAGAUUUGUACAGUUGUACCGGUAAGCGGUAACGGUAGUCUAUACUCUAUGAAAGACAAUGGGAUUGGGAAGUUCCACUCUUUUCCCAAGUUAGACUAGAUCUCUAGAUUGAGGAAAAGUACCGUACCGUACUAAUAUUGAUUAGGCCAAGUAAAGUUACAUAAUUCUGUAAUUUGAUAUUAACAAAUUUUGUUAUUGCAGUAUUGAUUUACAGUAUUUUGCCUGUCCUUUCCUUCUUUACUUGAGUUAGUUGCCUAUCUGUAAAAUGCUUGGUUCAAACAAAACAUAUCUAAGAAAUCUUCAUCGAAUUAUAAAAACCUAUGAAUACGCAGCGGAAAACGAUGAUGCAGAAAGUGUUGUGAUUGACAUAGCGUCAUUGGAGCGAACUAAUGAUUCUGUUUCGGAAUAUGAAAAUCGUAGUAGACUAACAGAAGUGCAGGAAAGGGAACUCGGACUGCAUAAUGUGACAGUUGACGAAAUGAAGGCAGACUUUUUCAACAUUCCAGGAGAGGACUUUCCUUUAGUUAAUGAUAUGUCCGCUUAUCAUGAUUCAGUGUUAAACAUCACAAAUGCUUUGCUAACGAAUAGAACAGGUUUUCUGAGUGAUACUCUCUCCUCUGAUGAUGAUGGUUCCAGAGGAUCAAUAUCAGAUGACGGAGAAGAUGAAGAUAACACAGAUAUUUUUCUAUUCCAUCAAAGAAAAAAAAUUGAGAAUUGGAAUCAAGAUAGACCCAAAUUAUUAACAGAUUUUAAUUUGAAUGCAAGCAGCUCGAAAAAUGAAAAAAUUGUUCAAUCACAUAGAUCGCAAAUCCCAAUACAAGACUCAGAACUUUCAUUUAUGGGGCUGAACAUAUCUUCAGGAAAUUGUGACCGAAAUUUGGAGGAACUAAUGCAAACACCUAAAAAUACCAAGAAAGAAGCACACAAGAAAAAAGAAAAAGUCGACUCAAAUUUUUCAAUUAGGGUGGAUAGAAACAAACGGCAAUCUUUAAAAAGUUCCGUAAUUACUCACACAUCUACAUCAGACACAUCAGCAGCCGAAGAUGAAAUUUCAUUAUCUAACAAUGCUGAUCAUUUAAGACUUCCAGAUAACAGUUUGUUGCGCCCAUCUGAAAUCUCGAUGGAUAAAAAUAAUGCACUCCAUAACGAUCCAUCUCAAAUUGUCAACACUUUUAGCAAGAAGUCACAUAGUACAAAAUCAAAUCCAUUUUAUAGUGUUCCGAAAUUGCCCCGAACUCCAUCUCAUAAAAAGUUGAAUUCAUCUUCAAACAAACCCUUCUCUGAUAAAAAAGGGGGCCGAGUUAGAAAGUUAUUUUCUAGUACGAAAACAUCAGAAGAGGUAUUGGAAGAUAUGUCUUCAAUUUCUAAACCUAAAAGUCCUUACUUUUUAAGAGUAAGGUCUCCAAGUAAUACCUGUCAAAGAAUUACACAUUCUUGUUCAAAAAUGGAAAAUAAAUAUAGCGAUUCAUUGUCUUUGAAGGACGCAUGUAAACCAACUUCACGGAAAGGCAGAAAUAAGUCAAUGACUAGUAAAAUCCUUGAUAAAAGAGAUGAAAUGUUGGAUGUUUUUGGGUCUCCACCAAAGUGUGUCAAGUCAUUGAGUAUGGUGUCUCCAGACUAUUCAUCUCGCAGAAUUACCCGUUCUUGUUCAAAAUUGGAAAGAAAAAAUUGUGAAACUAAAGAUACAAUGAUGUGCCAUUCAAAAACGGUGCAGUCAAAAAAGGGGAGUCAUAACAGGAGUCAAGGUAGAAAAAAGACUUCUGCAAGAUGUAUUCUUCAUAAUGUAACUUCGCGACCAAGUGAUAAUUUGUGCAGUCCCAUCCGAAGAAUGAAACUGGAGUCGCCAACAUCGAGUAAUUCAAAUUUUUUGCAAGUUCCUUUGUUUAAUACAUCACGAACAAGAGCAAAAAAUCAUGUUUAUGAUCCAUUGCAAAGUGAAGAUGAUAUCAGUGUGGAAGAGUUACAAGUUGAAAUGUACAAUGAAAUGAAAAGACGAAAAAAUUUGAGGAAAAAAAUGUGAAAAUAGAAUGGAUAUUUCGCUUUGUUUAUAAUAUUGCAAAAGUAGCUGAUGACAUUGAUUGCUAGUCUUUUCAUCUUCAAAGAAUUUUACAAAAUGAUGAGUAAUAUUGUUUUAGCUAUGAUAAUGCUUGGCUUUGUGCUAUUACAAUGGUAAAAUCCUUACUCUUGAAGUCAUAGAGGUUUCAAAUUAUUAUUGCUUUUGGAAUAUUGACUAUCAACACUGUUCAAAUUUUUCUGAAAUGAUUCCAACUCGUCUGCUUAUUAAAACUGGAGAUAUACACUAUCAAAAAUGCUGUCGAAGUUUGUUAACUUUCUCAGCCAAGUUGAUGAAACGUGAAUCAGAAUAGCAAAUAUUUAUUUCAGAGCUUAAUACAUGGUUAGCUUAUUAGCAGUACAAGGAAUUACACUCAUUGGUAUUAUAAAUUGCAAAGAUUACUACAACUACUAGUUAAUCAAUGUUAGAAAUAGUUUAGUAUCUACCAAUUUUUUUUCACAUCUAACACUCCUAUCUACAAUUAUGGCUUCUUUAUUCUUAACUUGAAUCCAUAUGGUAUAUUUUGUCAAAUGUGAAAUUCUUGCCAAUUUUUAAAUUUGAUUUUGAAAUCGUUUUGAACUGAAUAUGAACUUUCCAGCCUCAGCACAAUCUCAUCCAAUGUAACAAACUCUGUAAUUUAUCAGCUUGACAAUUUCUGGAAUUUAUUUAUUUGACCAUUAUCAUUAAUAGUAGCUCAUAUUGGUUUUCUAAUAUAUUCAUAUUUCAUUGUGUUGAAAUUUCCCUCACUGUUUUGUAUGUAUACACCUAAAAUUAUAUUUUUGUAUAACAAUGAUGUCCCAAUCGCCAUCAAUGCUGUUUUUUAAUUCUUCAGCUCAACCCGAAUUUAUCCUGUCGAAAUCGGCGUAUACAUUGAAAAUUUUAGGAGGGGUCUGACGUAUAAUUACAUUUCUCUUAUAUCUUCAUUUUUUUCAAUAUACACUAUAUUAUGUCUUGCCUUACCCUUGAGUGAUGAAGGUAGAGCACACGGAAACUUUCUAUGUGGCGAACAUAUCUUUCAGCCUUUUCAUACGUUCUUGUUUAAAUAAUUUUUUCGAAAUAAAGUUCUUACAAAUUA